UUUAUAUGCUUCGUUUUCAUCAUCUUCAGAUCCAAAACUUUUAUAAAUCACACAAUUCAUUCACUAAGCUCUGUAUUAUAACUUUAUUUCCGAUUCUGAUUUUCUUCCCACAAGGUGCUAAUGCCAUGUGGGUUGUAUGAACUGUGUCAAGAACUUUAUUAACUAGAUAAUUUAUUUGGUUAUUAUUACACGAGAUGAGCAGAUGCAUGGGCUGUGGAAUUUUAGGAAAUAUGGCGGUACCGAGACAAACUUUAGCGAGCUCUUAUCAAUAUUCUCUAAUGCUGGACCCGGCUAUAUCUUUUUGGGAUUGUAUUGUUCGUAAGAUUCGUUAUUCCUUCACUUCCGAGUGGGUGUAGUACGAAAGAAGCAAACUUCAAUUUUACUUUAGUUUUCGAGUAGAUAGCGAAACAGUGGUUAAUUAAUACAUAUACGUAGCAGAAAAAUUUUUGGUUUUCAAGUUUACAGAGGAAUAACAUAUGGAUUGUGGCAAAUCACCAUCUGGUGUAAGAAAGAAGAAUAAGAAGCAAGUGAAAGAUGAAUUGGAUAGAAUCAAACAGGCCGAGAAGAAAAAAAGGCGAUUGGAGAAAGCUCUUGCCACCUCAGCGGCCAUUAUUUCAGAGCUCGAGAAGAAGAAACUGAAGAAGAAAGAAGAGCAACAGAGGCUGGAUGAAGAAGGUGCUGCCAUAGCCGAAGCAGUUGCAUUGCAAGUCCUUGUCGAUGAGGAUUCGGAUGAAAGUUAUAGCUCUCAGAAUUCACGUGCUAGUUGCUUUGAUCUUUUUGUUGGUGGCGGAGAUGGUCAUGGAGCAAGGACAGGUGCUGCUGUUCCUCGCCUCCCUUAUAAUCGGCAACAUUACAGGAACCCAAAUGAGAUUGGUUGGAUUGUUAAUGCUCAUGGAGGAUCGAGAUGUCAAUGGAAUGAUUACGGGUGUGGCAAUGAUGGUUCCUUUCUAAAGGGAGUUCAGGCACCAUAUGUUGACGAGAUAUCUGCACAGGCUGUUUCGGCACUCCGAAUUGCAGAUGAUGAUGAUAUGAAUGCCUUUGUGAUUAAUAGAAUGGUGAGAUAGCAAAGGGUUUUAUUCGUGUUUAGGAUUAAGGUCUAAUAAUGUUUUUCUUGUACAUUUUGUCGGUAUCAUUUGUGCCAUCUUCUCGGUGGUGUUUGUUUCUUAAAGUAGUCAUGGGACUGCAAUGAAGUUGAUUUGUAGAUUUCAAGAGUCCUUUAUUGUUAUGGAUUGAAUUUCCAAUAAUGGAUCAUGAUGUAUUUGUUAUUCUGAAUGAAAUUUCAGUUGGUUGUGUUGUUUC